AUGAAAGAGGCAAUAGAAAAAGCAUCGCAAUUACUCGGACCCCAGGCCAUUGCCAAUCAGAAUGAUCAAGAUCGCGUCCUUGAUACCCCCUGGAAAAAGGUUGACGGAUAUCUCUUCCUGUACAUUCGGUUCAAAACUCAUAUGGUUAACUGGAACAUCUUUUUUGUUCCUUACAACCCGCUCCCGGGACCCGAAAUUGUCCACGCUACUGGCCGUGGUAUUAACAACAUUGCCAGAUGGGUGUUAGGAAUGAACCCGAAGGCACCUCCUUCUCUUCUUAUACCUCCUAAUGACCCUGGCACAUCCUGGAAUAAGCAUGUGAUGGCUUAUUCCCGUGGCCCCCUCUAUGCUAUGGCGCGUUCAGGCGUAUGGUAA